UACAAACAGCGCGGCCAUGUCCGUGUUGAUCCACCACCCUCCUCUCUUCCCGCGCUUUCCCGGCGCCUUUCACCCACAGACUUGCCUGCUUACCCCCCUCCCUGCUGCUUCGCCCUCACCCACCCCGGUCACUUGAGCAUCAACAACCGAUUUGCGAGUGAUGGCGGCGGCGGUGGCUGGGGGGGGGGAGGUAAAGAAGCUGUGAGAAACGCCGCCUCGUAGGCGAUAAGAGACAGACAGACACAGCCUUUAUAGCCACCCCCGCAACACGUGGUGGCCGCAGAGCGCUCAGGCAUUGUGGGGUUGCUCCGCGGCCAUGUUACACGGGCCGGGCCCCACGCCGGCGGAUCGCGCAAUGCGGACGUGGAGUACGCUUUCCCGGUUGCGGAUCCGGAGCGCGGUUAAGUUGAGCGCUCCCCCCCCACCACCUCCUCCUCCCCCUUCCUCCACGCUUUAGAGUGGCGGGGCGGAGUGGGUGAGAAGUCCCCGCCUGCCGCGAUCCGCUCCGGCGUUGGGAGCCCCAGCGCCGUGUUUUGCCGCCCGCCCGUCCGCCCACCCCCCCCUACCCCCCGGGUGUCGCCGCACACAAACGGACCGAAACGUUUUCGGGCCUUGCAGCUCCUGGAGUCGACCUCCAGCCGCCUCGGCGAGGCGAGUCCGAGAGAGUCGACCCGCGGCCUCGAGAAGUCGACCUGCAGCGCUAAAGGCGGAUCUGCAGAUCCGGCGGGGGCAACGCGGAGGGGGGAACGUGCAAGCGCGAGCUUCGAACUCCACAGUCAACCUCGCACCCGUAAUCGACCUCCUCGAGCCAUCCUCUAGCGUCAACCUCCACCUCGGUCCUUGAACCACCCGCCAAGGUCUCGUCGAGUUAACCACAAGGUCUGUGGAGUCAGCCUUCGUCCAGCAAUAACAGUCAGUCCGCACUCAAGUCUACAGUCGACCUCGCAUCAACUUACAGUCAACCUUCAUCCAGCAUCAACCUAUCGGGUCGGCCUAUAUCCAGCUACGGGCACCUGCAACCUCCACAUUAAACAUCUCGACUCCACUACCCUGCAGAAUCUACCCCUGCUGCUGCUGCUCCACCAACCAACCUCCAGCAUCGCCCAGCCACCAACAUAGUCAACCUCCCCGUCAAGCAUCGAUCGACUGCUGCUUGCCGCUGCCUCCACAUUCAAGCAAAGGCGAGGCGAGGAGACGGAACUCGCGGCCUCGUGGAGGGGGAGGCCAUGGCUGCACUGGACGCCCAAGAGCUGAUGGACCGGGGCGCGCUCGCCCUGCUCGCCCUGCGCUCGGCGCCCUGCAGCCCGGCCCGUGCCUCGCCCUGGGGGGAGCAGGGCGACCUGAGUGACGACCACCACCAUCAACCCCUGGAGCCACCGCUGGCCCGACUCGAAGGUCGCGGCGUGGACUACGUGGUGCGAAAGCGGACGGUGACGGUGGGGAGAGACUCGAGCCAGGGCGCGGUGGACGUGGACAUGGGCAGGUCGAGCUUUAUCUCGAGGGUACACCUGGAGAUCGCACUCGAAGGGCCGCACUUCAUGCUGCGAUGCCUGGGCAAGAACGGCGUGUUCGUGGACGGCGUGUUCCAGCGUCGGGGCGCGGCGGCCCUGCGCCUGCCCAAGACGUGUGUCCUCCGGUUUCCGAGCACAACCAUCCGGCUGCGCUUCACCUCGUUGGUGUGGGAGACCAAGUCCCCAGAAGGCGUGAGCCUCGGUGGAGUUGGCGCCGGAAGCGCUGGCGGUGGAGACCGGCGCUCCCCAUCGCCCCCGCUACAGCCCCUGCACCCGGACAUGUCCCCGCUCAAGCUGCACAUCCCCGAACCCGGCCUGGACGUGCCGAGCCCCAUGCCCUCACCCACGCACACAAUCAGCGCGGCCAACUCGUGCCCGGCCAGCCCUCGCGGGGCGGGCAUGUCGGGCAUGUUGGGCUGCCGCAACGCCCGUCUCACGCUCGCCGAUCUACACUUGGCGGCGGAGUUUGCUCAGAGCGCUGCCGAGAAAGAGGCGGAGCCCCUGGUGAUAGCGGCCGAGACGAACUUGAACCCCAACCCACCGCCCGCCCCUACCGGGGAGGAGAACCGGCCCAAAGUUCAGACUGCACAUCUUGCCUUUGAGCAGGACGAGAGCAAGCCCCCCUACUCGUACGCGCAGCUCAUCGUGCAGGCCAUCACGUCGGCGGCCAGCAAGCAGCUCACGCUCAGCGGCAUCUACGCCUACAUCAGCAAACACUACCCGUACUACCGCGCCUCCGACAAGGGCUGGCAGAACUCGAUCCGCCACAACCUGUCGCUGAACCGCUACUUCGUGAAGGUGCCUCGCUCGCAGGAGGACCCGGGCAAGGGCUCGUUCUGGCGCAUCGACCCGGCGUCGGAGGGGAAGCUGGCGGAACAGGCGUACCGCAAGCGGCGCGCCCGCGGUGUUCCCUGCUUCCGGGCGCCCUUUGGCCUCCUCUCGUCACGGAGCGCGCCCCCAUCGCCGACUCACCGUGGCUCUCUGGCCGGGGUGGAGACCCCGGACUGCUUGUCCCGUGAGGGGUCUCCCACCCCCGCCGAGCACGAGGGCGUCUCCACUCACCACCCAACUCUGCCCACCCUCUCGGAUGCACGCUACACGCAGAGCGCGCCCGGCUCUCCCGUGAGCAGCAGCCAGCCCAUCCUGGUGAGCUUGCAGCACCAGCUGCCGGCGCUCAUCCCCACCAAGCCUGGCACGUUCACGCUGGCGCCGGGAGGCACCUAUACCAUAGCGACGGCGGCCCCGCCAGGCCGCGCCGGUCAGACACUGGGCACCAGCGCUGGCAACCCCACGCCCGUGGUGGUGCAGACGGUCACGGUUCUGCGGCCUGUGUCGUCGUUGGGCCCGCUUGAGAUGCGGGGUGGCCUGCCGCAACAGAUGCAGGUUCAGACGGCGCAGGCGCACCUGCAGACGAUGCAAACGGUGCAGAUGCAGCCAGUGCAGGUUCAGGUGCAAACAGCGCAAGUGCAAUCGGUGCAAGCGCAAGCGAUGCAGGCGAUGCAGGCCCUGCAGGCGGGUCAGGCCCGGCAGAUGCAGGCUGCGCCCGUGCAGGCGACGCAGGUCCAAGCCGUGCAGCUGCAAGCGGUGCAGCUGCAGCUGCAAGCGCAGCCUCCGUCCAGCACCACGUCGAGCCCGACGCUAGCUGUAGCAAACCCGUUGCAGCUUUUGGCUGCGCAUGCGUCUGCCUCGGCCGCGCUUGGCACUAAGCGCGCCGCCAUCGCGGAGAACGUGGGCCCCAAAAACGUGUCGGCUGAAGAGCCUGUUCAAAAGAGGCUCUGCGCAGCGGUGAGGAAGGAAGAGUCGGAAGAUGACGGUGAUGUGAGCAGCGACGGUGAGGGUGCCCCGCUUGUAAUUGCGACUGGACCCGACGCGACACUUCACAGCAAUGGGGUGGAUUAAAAACACAUUGGACACAUCCUGUUGUGGCUUCCCUGCUGUUUUAGGUCGGGCUUUGGUGAUGCCCGUGUUAUUGUGUUCCUAAAUACAUUUUAUUGGCCAGAAUGUGGUCCCACCCUGCCAAUAAGACCUACCACCGAUGGAAGAAAAGAUGUCACUGUUGUUGUCUCUGCAAGUUGAAGUAAAUUAAUUUUGAGUCGCAAAAGUAAGAAGAAAGAAGACAAUGGAACACAUUUGCUUAUGGUCUUAAAGUCUGUCCCAGAACCAUGAGGAAGUCAUGGAAUGAGCUAAGUGUCAGAACUUAAAAGAUUUAUGCAAUAAGAAACAUCAAGCAACGUCGUAUUCGUUCUGCCAUCAUACGUGGCUGGCCAAGCAGCCAGAACUGUGGACAUGUCUUUAGAACCGGCAGCGGCUGUUACUGUCUGAAAAACUAUAAACAUUUCACCAAAUACUGCUUUGGAAUGGAUAGGGAUAUUCCCUUCGUCUUAACCGCUCUUCUGUAAGGAAACUGCUUUCUGCAUUGUCACUGCUGGCCAUGUCCGUGACAUGAUCACAUACCACCCUAAAGGGGAGAGAAAAACUACACGUUGGGUUUGCAUGGAAAAAGAUAAAUAUAAAACUAAUUUUUGCUUACUAUAAUCCUGUUUUUCUCGGAUCCCUACAUAUUGCUGGCUUGGUAUAAAUGGGCAUCUGUAAGAUGAUCUUUCUCCAGGUGAGCGAAGUUAAGUGUGAGAUAAUUUUGCAAACGUUUUGUGCAAGGAGUGUAUCUCGAGUCUAAUGAGUACUGCCUUUGGUAACAUUAACGUAAAUCCAAAGGAUGCCGAACUUCAAGUGUCGGUUGGAAUUAUGAGUGGCGUUGGUGUCAUUUAUAAAUCGCAGUUGUGCGUACUCUUCUCACGGUACCAUUAUUAGCCUCUUUCUCUUUGUUUGCAUUACUCAACAAACUUUGUUGGACAUGUCAUUUUUUUUGUUGUUGCUGACAAUGACUGGACUUAAUCUCGUAUUUUGUUUAAGUAAACCUGAAUCAGGGAGCUAUGUGCCCGAAAGAAUGUUAAGUGAAAAAAAAUUAUCAGAUUUAGUGUGCGACUUUUGUCACUUGACCACAAACAUUCGUCCUUCACAAUUUUCAAUAUCAAUUAUCGUGCUGCAGCCGGAGAUAUUGUGCGCUGACAAUUGCUAUGUUUACUGUUGUGAAUAAAAAGAGGCUAAUGGUAAAACAAUGCAUACCGGUUAACUUAACACCUGUUUUUCAUGGUUCGUACAUUUCUACUGUAUGGCUGAACGUGCAUGCUUACAAAACGGAUGUGCUUGCCUUUGGCACUAAAGCAAAGGAUGUAGUUGUCAGCCCAUUUCUAAUUUUAUUUGCCUAUCUCUUGGUAUUAUUUUCUCUAUCUACCUCCUUUUUAUGUUUCUUAAAAGGUUUAUUUCAUUUUUUUAAUUCGUAUUACGAUGCUUCCCAUGUCUACAUAUAUACGGUAUUUUUUUUCUAAUAUCAAUGCAGUAUCACAUUUUUAUAGUGCGUACAAAUGAGAAUUUAAAUCAUACUGACAAUGGGCUGUGUGAUGUGCGUAGAUGGAUUUUUUGGUCAUUGGAACUAAUUUGCAUAGCAAACAAUGGACUCUUGGCCAACAACUAAAUUGCUGCAUUAUGCUCAUUAACCAGUGGUUGACAUUUAUGAACUGUACGAUUGUUUUUGUUAGAGCCUUUUAAAAAAAAAAAAUUGUACUCUGUCCAUAUAAUUUAAACAAUCUGAAAUACAGUAAAAGAAAAGUGAACCUUUGUAACAGGUUGGCAGUGUUUCAAUUCACCCUAUUUUCCAGAUCAUUAAAGAUUGCACGCGUCUCGUGAUACGUAAAUACUGACAGCUAACCAAGUGUUGCUGUUCUAUUUAUGGGCGGGAGGUAAUUUCAAAUUGUUGGUGAAACAACAAAUAAACACAUAACCACCUUUGCUGCAAGUCUUUUGGGGAUUUGAUGGCCAAAGACAGGGUUAAAGUAAACAUUAACAUCAAUAGAAAGUAACAUAAGACGUGAGAAAGUAUCUUGAAAUUUACAUUAAGCUGUGGAAGAUUGAUGUAAUCAGAUGUGCUACGUGUAGGGCAUAUAUGUAUACUGUGCAGGACAUUUAUUUAGAUUAGUUUUUUUAAACAAGAGUUGUGUUUUCCAUGGUGAUAUGGGCCAAAUAUGAAAACUAAGAACCAGAAGUUCUGCUUUUGGUAAAAAAAAACACAUUUACUUGGAAUCUUUGUUUUCUAUUUCGAAUUGUUGGAAUCUUGGUUCUUCGAGUAACCAGCAUUAAAAUGCCAAAUUGCAGUGCCCUGGUUUUUACUGUUUUUGAGCAACAAAGCCAUCUUGCAUGUGGUAUUUCUGAAGAAUGUUUUAAAUGAAUAAAAAGAUAUAAACAAAACAGCAGGGUCGGCGGGGGCUUCCUGUAGAAAGGCAGAAAAAAUCUUAUAAUUUAUGUGAAUCCUACACGUGAAAUAUUUGCUGCAAAUCUUGUGGAGCAAUGUUUGGUACACAGGAAAUGUAUUUUUUGGAAAUGUUAUUGUGUGCCGUAAGUUGAAAAUAUGUCCAGUACAAACCUAAAUAUCGUACUAUAUCAUCAAAUUGUGAAUUUCAUACCGCUUACCGGAAGCCAUACAUCUUAGCUAAACAUUAUUUUAGUAGGUUAUGUAGUGUUAAUGAAAAUAAUUUAACUGAAUUUUGUAUUCAAGGCCCAUGCUGUCAAAAUUGAUAUAUUUAGUUACAUCAUUGAGUGUUCAAACACAUUUGUGGAUAAAUUAAAUGAGAUGUUGGGGAUUCAUAUUUUAAAAAAACAUUGGCACUGCAACUACACUACUAGAUCAUUGUAGAGCUUUAAAAUAUCAAAGCAACAUGCUUCUUGGGGUGCAUCGACAAUAGCUGCCAUUGGUGACCAGUUCCCAACAAAGACUUUUAAGUGAACUUUGAAUCCACUUUUGGCAACUGUUCUCAGCAUUUUAUACUGAACUCGAAAAUAACUUGUCACGCUUUUACGAUGUGUGCAUUCACAUACAUUUGUGUGGAUAUUAGUGACGUUCGCGGUAUUGUGGGUUUUUUAUACUGUGAUAAUCACAUGCAGUGGAAAGCCAAUAAACAAAAUUGUGUACAUAAAUGCUACUAAGAGUCCACAAGUCUGAGGGGUCCAUACAUUCAAUAAGAUAUAUUUUGAAAUCGCUUUUGACUCGAUCAUGGGCUGCAUACCGAAAUGUAUUGUCUUUCCUCUGCCUUUACUGGGUAAUGAGUGUCAUUCGGGAUUUUAACGAUUCACCCCCUUGUUCCCUAAUUCAGUUUUUAAAAAAUUGGUAGUCACUAUGUGAUUAAAAUAAUUUAUAUUUUCCCCCAUUGUGGUUCAUGUAUAAUUUAUAGUGGUAAAAAAAUGUGUGAAAGGUAAUUGACUUUUAAACACCAUCCGAUGUAUUGUAAUAUCACUUGUAUCCCUAAAGUGCAAUGUGUCAUUCACAUUGUCAUUCAAGAAUUCAUGAGUAUAUGAAAGGUGUAUAUAACCCGAAUAAUGCUUGCUGAACUUCAAGGGUUUUUUUACACUAAACACAGCCUCCACUUUAGAUAAUUUGCCUCAGUUGAACGAAGCAUAAACACAUUUGAAUUGCAUGCACGUCAGUUGGCAGAAUGUAAUCCACACAGUUUGCGUGCACAUAACAUAAAUGUUGAGAUUGGCUCAAAAGUUAGAAUAAAAUAUUGUUUUGGUUUUGCAAUCCAUGGACAUUUUUUUUGGUGGCUGUACAAGGAAAUUACAUGCUUAGCAUGACUAUUAGUCUAGCUUUAGCAUCAGCCAGACUAUAGUUUACAGUUGAUUGGCAUUGUGUUUAAUAUAUUUCUAUUUAUAACUUUGCAAGGAAUUCAAUGUUAAUUUCUUACCAACAAUGGAUAAUUAACAAAGUCUGUGAUUAUCCACACUCAUAAUUGAUCUUCUACAUUAAUCCAUAGAGAACCACCGUUGAAUUUCACACAAAAACAUACUAAUUUUAUUGAUCUCGAAUACAUAUUGCAUCGGGUUGACCCCAAUUUGAAUUUUAACCUAAUGCAUUGAUUUGAAUGCUCAGUUAUGUAAUAAAAGUCAUGAAAACAUUCAAUUUUCUGCCAGUGUGUCAUAAGCCACACUCCAAAUGUUUUAACUAUUCAGCUUUUAUUUUACAUAAUUUAAUUAGCUGAUAACUGCAUUUUUUUUCUUAUCAGAGCCAGUUAGUACACUUUUUACAAUUUUUUUUACCACAAUUUAGAAUAUGUAUCAUCAAUAGCCAGUUGCAUAUUUCAUCCCAAUGUUAUUGUUUACAUUAAAUAAGUUACUGUGGUUACUCGUGGUAAGCAUGAAAACAUUUGAAUCGCAAUUACCAUCGUGCAAAUUGGCAGAGUAUAUACCGCCAAUGGUUUAGGACACAGUUGGCAACAUACAUUUAUGGUAAGCAACACAAAGCUGACGAUUGCAAACUAACUUGCAGUAUUUUAAUUAAAGGACACCCAAUGGCAGCGGUUUAUCUCGUUCACAGCAAGGCACCACCAUGGAGUAAUGCAUGGCAUUCUUGAGACAAGUGCUGUGGCAUUGCAUGUAACCUCAUGCAACAAGCAGCACGUGCGCAGCCUUUCCCAUAUCGUGCGUGAAUGGGACGAUCGCACGCGAAGACUGGAAAGGGCACGUGGCUUUCGGUAUCAUUGGGCUUCAAUCGGAGAUCCUUUGUGAUGGACCAAUCGGCAGAUACGUUUUUAUAUUUCUUCAGAAUGCAUGCAUGUGCUUAUUUCUCUAUAUUUAUUUGUAUACGUGUUGAUUCGUGCAUGUGUAUGCUUAGGUGUAAACUGCACCUGACCUGGAACAGGUUCACUUGUGGCGUCGCCGUCGGUGGCGAAAUGUAACUCUUGUGUGGUGGUGGUGGUGGUGGUUUGUGAACUGUGCUACAAACCCACCAACUUCAGUUUGAUUUCUGGCCAAGGCUCACAUCGGAAGCAAUCGAUAUCUGAACCGGUGCUGGGCCUUGACUAGGUCAACUCUAUUAAAAAAAACAGUGCCUGGUGUGGUGGGAUGAACAUCGGCACUGAAAAGGCGGCUGCAAGCGUGGUGCUUGCCACGCCACUUCCUCGUACAUAAUGAUGUCGGCCUUUAACAGGUGGUCGCUAAAAGCAUGCCUCGGAAGUCGAGGCUUCUACCAUUCUUAAAACGCGCCUCAGCCAAUACAUGCUGCACACUUAAAAUGUGGAAUUGUAGUGCAAGUGAAAGUUUCAUAGUCGCUGCUUAUUGUGUGUGUGCUUAGGGGAAUGUCUAUUUUCCGGCACUUUGAGCACGAACGUGACAUCAUCUGAUAAAGUAUGGUAUGCUAUUCUGUUUUUCUCAACACAUGCCCUUUUUUAUAAUUUGUGAUGCUUUUUUGUACCCCAAACCUAAAAUUAUACAUUUGUACAUUACAUUAAAAAAUAUAUAAACUCA